AUGGCUGAGCCUCAACCUCGAAAAUACCUUACUCGUGCAAGAGCAAAAGCAGAAGCCAAUCCCACCGAGAGCAAACCAAGAAAGGCUCAGAGAACGUCUGAGAAGCGGAAGGCUCUCACGGAGGCUGCCAGCUCAAAUGAAUUCGAGCCACCGAUUAGGGCUACAAGGGCCUCCAAGAGGACUGUUAAGACGCAGGAUCCAGCUCCCCAACCAGCUCGUGGAGUGAAAGCCGCUCCGAAACGCAAGUCUGAGAAAACCGCUUCUAUCACUACGAAGAAAUCCACUUCAGCUACGGCCAAAGUGUCGAAAAAGGUGGCGUUUGUAGCUAGCCCUCAGAAAUUUCUCGAGAACAAAGAGAAUCUCAUUCCCGUGCAGAAAGACAGCCAUCUCGAUACCGACGAACUCAUGUCUUCAUCAAUGGGCGCACUAUCAGUUAAGCCUAUUCGAGUACCGGCCACCAAACUCCGGUUGCCAACCGUUACCCCCUCCACAGUUAUCCUUGAUCCGAUACCCGCCCUAUCUCCAUCCAAGGCUCGACGAGCCCCUCUCUUGGGUCUAAAACUUCCGGACGACGGAUCGGAAGAUGAGCUGUCAAGUCCGCAUUAUCCAAAGCUAACAGCUAAGCCCAAACGAGUUGGUGGGACCGCAACCAAACCCGUUGGCAUAGAUUCAAACGAGAAUAAGCCCCUUGAUAUCUCUGCUUUGAUCUCUUCCCCGGCAAGGAGACCACCUGCAUCGCCAUCCCGACCUACAAAGGCCCACCUCUCAACGAAGGCAUUGGAGCCAUCGGGAUUGCCUAGCUCGGCCUUGGCAUCACCGGCUAGACGCCCUGUUCCUCGAUCGAUUCCUGGUUUCAGAGCUAGUCCGAUCAAAGGUAGCUUCAAACUUGAGCCUCUCACAACCCUUAGUGCGAUUGACCACCAGCCGCCGUCAAAGCUCGGGGCACAAAACCUCCCGAAAAGAGUCAAAGUUUCAAACUACGUGAAAGUAGAUGGCGAUCAGGAUGAACUGGGAAUGGACAUCGAGACGAACCUAUUGAGUCGCAAGGCCCCGCGCGCCGUCAGAAUCAAAUUGCUUGACCCCAAAGAUCCUGAACAGGCAAUGACGUUCCAGUGUGAGGAUUCCUCUACCCUUUUUGACGAGAUCAUGUCGCCGGCAAAGAAGGAGCCUAGGCCCUUAGAAGCCAAGUCCUUAGACAAGAUGUUUGAGGAAAUUGAGUCGGAGAGGAGGGCAGUGUUUUCAAUGACAACGACGAAGACUUCUACAACUCCCCCUACACCUCCACGAGGAUUUGAUUUUGAGAACUUGUUUGAGUCGAGCAAUAUAUCUCCUACCCCUCUUCACAAAACCUCUCACACCAAGCUACAGAGAGUGCCAGAACCAGAAAUCGAUUUUGAGGGGGAUAUUACAAUGGAAAAUUCGGAGGAUAACACGGAGACUAUCCUUAAAAAGGAGCUGUCGCUCACCCCUUCGCGAGCGCCACAAUGUAAUAGGAAGCGCAGAGGCUUGAGUCAGGAUGGUAGUUACGGGUUCUUCAAUCUUGAGGAUGAUAAAGAUGAGCUUCUCGGUGGUAAUACUGGAACACCUUUCCCCCUUGACGGAUCUUCCUGCUCUCCUAUCUCGAAGGGCAUCCCCCCGGUAGAUUUGACGAUGCGGCCCGAGCCCGAGAGGAGGACCUUAUUCCCUGAUGCUCAACCAUCACAGAGCAGCGAAGUAGGCCAUGAUCUUGACUGGAACAUCUUUGGCAUUCCUAUCGAUCCUGAACUCCUCUUGACGCAAGAAGAAUUCCUCGGAAUCGUCGAAAGUCAUGUUCGCAAGACCACGAUCCCAGUCAACCUUCCCCCAGAAGACAGUGAAGCCGAGGGCUCAGAUAUGGAAAUCGAAGACCAAGAAAACUUCCACCCUGCUCCCUACUCCCCAAACAUCCAGCGGGAUCCAUCUCCCACGGUCCGCAACUCGCUACCAGCAACAUCAAACCACUUCGCCCGCCGUAACAGCGGCAUGGUGAGCCAGAUGGGCGUUCUCGCUGGCGCAGUCGUAUUCGUGGAUGUAUACACUGCCGACGGUGCCGAUGCAUCAGGACCGUACGUACAUGCUCUCCGUGGUCUUGGGGCGCGAGUUCUAAAGGCAUGGAAUUGGAAUCCAGACGGUGGGAACAAGGACAAGAUCGGAAUCACACAUGUAGUCUUUAAAGAAGGCAGCCCUCGCACUCUUCAGAAGGUGAAGGACAGCAAAGGUGUUGUCAUAUGUGUCGGCGUCGGCUGGGUUAUACAAUGCCAGAGCGAACAGGAGUGGAUGGACGAAAGUCAAUUUGCCGUCGACUUAGAUAUAAUUCCGCGAGGUGGACACAGGCGCCGUAAGUCCAUGGAGCCGAAAGCCCUCGCAGCGCUCUCCGAGCCGAAGACUCCACAAGCUCCGAAGAAGGACGCAUUCUCGCUCUUAUCGCGUGUUCCCGCGCAGACUGAACCAAAGAAUCCGUUCUUGGCAAAGAACUUGCUCAUCGCGCGGAGAAAGAGUAUGCAAUUCUUGCCCAAGAUCGGAAGCCCGCUUUCCAGGAAGCCGUUGUCUGUGGAGUACUAG